AAAACACAGAUCCAUUUCAGUGGAUGUCUGAAUUCUUCCCUGGGAGGGGAGGUGGCAUGACUGCUUGUCUGAGACCAUAAGACUAGUUAAUCCCAAUGUGAUCCUUAAGACCUAAGGAAGCUAUGUGGGGGGAAAAAAAAAAACUCCUGAUGUGGAGUUAUACUACUGUAUAAUAGGUGCUGAAGAAAUCCAAUCAGGUUCCUAGAUGUCAGGAUGGCAGCAUCAAACCUGGAGAAUCAGUUGCACAGUGCCCAGAAGAAUCUGUUGUUUCUCCAGCGGGAACAUGCCAACACACUCAAAGGUUUGCACGCUGAAAUUCGACGACUGCAACAGCAUUGCACAGAUUUGACCUAUGAGCUGACUCUGAAAAGUUCAGACCUGGCAGAAAAUGGUAGUUCAAGAAGUGAUGAACUCAGAAGAAAAUGUGAAGCACUUGAAGCUCAGCUGAAAGUCAAAGAGGCUGAAAAUAAUGAAUUAUUAAAGGAACUGGAACAAAAAACUGCAAUGAUAAUGGUGCUGGAAAACACCAUCAAAGAAAGAGAAAAGAAGUAUUUAGAAGAGUUAAAAAUGAAAAGCCAUAAGCUAAAUAUGCUGUCAAGUGAACUAGAGCAGCGAGCAAGCACUAUUGCAUAUCUAACUUCACAACUGCAUGCUACCAAGAAAAAGCUUAUGAGUUCAAGCGGGACUUCUGAUGCCACCCCAUCUGGAAGUCCAGUAUUGUCCAACUACAAGCCAGCUCCUCCCAAAGAUAAGCUACCUGAGACUCCCCGACGCAGAAUGAAAAAGAGUCUGUCAACACCACUAAACCCGGAGUUCGAAGAGGCCUAUAGAUUAGGAUCGGAUAGUCGAAAGCUGCUGUUGCGAGAGCCUGUUGAUGCUAUGCCUGAUCCCACUCCAUUUUUAUUGGCCAGGGAAACUGCAGAGAUCCACCUGAUCAAAGAAAGGCCUUUAGUUAUUCCACCCAUUGCUUCAGAACGCACAUCAGGCGAAUCACGCAAUCUGGCAAAAGAGAAGCAGCACAAGGCGCAUAUUGGUGUGGCACAUCGAAUUCACCAUGUAACAACAUCCCAGCCUCAGCCUGAGGUUGAAACAUUAGCAGUGGAUCAGGUCAAUGGAAGUAAAGUGGUCCGAAAGCAUUCAGGGACAGACAGAACUGUCUAAGUGAAAUGAUUGAUGUGAUGCUCUAUUAUUCUGUUGCUGUUUAUGCACUGUGAUCAAAUAGGAUACAUCUCAUCUGCAGUAAAGUUUCUUUUAAUGCCCCAUGCAUGCCAAAUUUUUUCCAGAUCUGUCAUUAAUAAUUAUCCUACUUCAGUGAAACACAAAUGAGACUCUGUUCAUAUUGUAAAGUAUAUAAUUACUGAAUGCUGUGGCCAAAUCUAGGUGUACCUGACUGCUUGCUUCUAAGUACUGCUCCAUUUACUAUAACUGCAUAUGUGGACAAAAGCACAGGCUACACUCUGCAUUAUUAAUCAACAUCAAUGAAAAAAGAUACUAAUUAUAAACCUCCAGCAAUAUGUAUUGGCUGUUAAUGUUUAAAAUGUCAAUGUUCCUUUGAAGUCUUGAUGGUGUGUAUGUAGCAUUUCAUACACAGACUCUAACUUUCAUGACAAAGCCUUUCUUAUGGCAGCAUUAAAAAUAAUGCAGAUAUGUUAAGAUAACCUCUGAAAGAACUUCUUUCAGGUGGUCCUGAUCAAACUGUGUUCAUAUUUUUGUUACAUUUCUCUCCACUAUUACAAAAUUUACCAACAAACUUUAUUUUAUUAAUCCUGUAUUUUGAUUUGUGUUCUUUUCUUCAUUCUUUUUAACAGUUUCAAAUGGUCAUAAUAUAUAACUGACUGUGGUGGGAGUGUAAGAAAGAUAACACCAAUUGAAAAACUAUUGUGUAAGUUGUCAUGGAGAAAGUAUGAACACUGUCCUAAUGGAAAGCAGGCUCCUGCUUUGGAGUUUAGAAAUUGAAUGGUUAAUAUUAAUCUUACACUAAUUAAUACUUUGCAUUAUGGUGCCUUUUGUACAAGGCUCUGAAAACGCCUUACUAAUGUAUAAAAAUAAUACACUGCACAAAAAGUGCACUAUUGAAAUGUUUGUUUUUAUACCUAGCCUGUAUACAGUAUACAACAGCAUAAAACCCAUCACACCUAACCAAUGACUUAUUUGUUU